GCCCAAGCCACGCGGAGGGGCAGGUGGCUGGGGCAGCGUCCCGGCGAAGCCCCGGCUGCGGCCGUCGGCUCGCGUGACGUGCUCGUGGCUGCAGCACCGAGGGGUCGGGGUGCGGAGAGCUCGUGGCUCUCAGCCUCCCUCCGUGGCUCCACCCCUCAUUCCCCUGCGACUUUCAUAACCCAGCGCGCUGCCACGUGUCCAGCGCAGACCCCGGCUGCCUUGGGGGGACACGGGGCUGGCCCGGAGGAGGUGUUGGAGCUGCUCUCCCUGUGCUCCAGCUGCUUGUCGAGGAAGAGCCUCUGCGGUCAGCCAAGGGGAGCCCAUCUCGGUACGCGCGCCGAGGGCAGGAUGGAGGUGGAGGGCUGAGCCGCUGCACAGAGCUGGGGUUGAAGAACCUGCCCCUCAGACCGCUCCCCUGCAAGAAAAGGGGUGGCCUGGUGCACGGAGAAGUAAUGGCAGAUUGGGAACAGUAAUCCAUUUUGGAGUUAAACCAGGCUGUCUUGUCCUCACUGCUCUGUGACACCACAUACUUCAACUCAGGUCUAGCCCUGGAGUUACUGCACCUUUCUCUUCCCCGUAGGAGCAGCGGGACAGAGCUGUCGCCUCCCUCUGCAGUCAGCAGGUCUGGCAGGAUGACUUGCUACCAGGUGGUUGCCGUUCUCCUGCUUUCCUUCCUUCCCAGCGCUGCAGCUGGCGGCCUGCUUCCUGCCCUCGUUCCCCGGUCCACCCUGCAGCUAGGCAGAGCCCGCUUCUCGGCACAGCCUGUCCUGGAGCUGACGACACGCUGCGACGACGCCUGCGCCCGGCGGGAGGCUGCCUUGGCCCCCCAGGAUUUCCAGGAGUACCUUUCUUACGAGACAGUGUACGCCAACGGCACCCGCACCCUCACCACGGUGGAGCUGAGCCCUCAGGGGGGCGGCACGGAGAAGAGGCGGCAGAGGUGGCGCAAGCGGCGCAAGCGGCAGAUUUACGGCACAGACGGGCGGUUUUCCAUCAGCGGGAACCACUUCUUGCUGGACUACCCCUUCUCCGCCACCGUCAAGAUCUCCACGGGGUGCACGGGGGUGCUCGUGUCCGAGCGGCACGUCCUCACAGCUGCCCACUGCAUCCACGACGGCAAAGACUACGUGAAGGGGGCCAAGAAGAUCAAGGUGGGCUUCCUGACGCCGCUGCAGAGCGCUGGCAACAGGACGGGGCCGGGGGGGCUGGCGAUGCGCUGGGCUCGCGUGCGGCGCACGCAGGUGCCCAAGGGUUGGAUUCGGAGCCCCGACUCGGUCAGCAUGGACUACGACUACGCCCUUUUGGAGCUGCGCAGGCCACACCAGCGCCCCUACAUGAAGCUGACGGUGGCUCCAGCAGCGGAGGAGAUGGCUGGGAAGAGGAUUCAUUUUUCGGGGUUUGACAGCGACCGGCCGGGCGAGCUGGUCUACCGCUUCUGUGGGGUGGAGGACGAGACGGCCCACCUCAUCUACCAGCACUGCGAUGCCAGGCCUGGUGCGUCCGGCUCUGGGGUGUAUGGCAAGGUGUGGGACCCCGUCCAGCACAAAUGGGAGAGGAAGGUGGUUGGGGUCUUCUCUGGGCACCAGUGGCUCGAGGUGGCCGGGGAGCAGCAUGACUAUAAUGUUGCCGUUCGCCUGACUGCUCCGAAGUUUGCUCAGAUUUGUUACUGGAUCAAAGGGGACUAUAAAAGCUGCCGGAACGAAUGAGAACUGGAGCCUUCCUUUUCCCCUCCCCAUUGCAGAAGGCUUUGAGCGUGGUGUUGCGGAGUGGAUGCACGGCUGAGGAGCACGAGGAGGAGCAGCAUCUCCUGCCAAAACUGCUCCACCACUAAACUUCAUUCUGUUCUCUGUCCUGAAGGAACAAGGUCCCUGCAGAUCACAAGGGAUCCAGCGGAGAGACUCACUAAGCCUGAAGGGUGCAUCAGCUCCUUUGGUUGGUGCUGGUGGGAACUCGGCAUCGGGUUCUUUGCACAAAGAGCUCGGCUGUCAGUCAGGACCAGCGGCCUCUGCCUCGAGCCGUUAACUGUUAACCGCUUGGAGAGGCAGCCACAGGCCUGUGCUUAGCUGCACCGAGUUUCUCUUGGGUCUCAUCAGGUCUCUGUUUGUGGGCUGGCACUGCCCAGCUUGGCACUGCCCCAGCUCUGUGAGGACAAAGGAUUUUUCCUUCUAACAGCGUCUUUGUGUGCCGAUGAAAGGUGCCUGAAAGGGAACCCUGGAGCCUGAGGCUUCUGGGCACGGUGUCAGCAAGGAGCCCGGCCAGGACAGGAGGGGCUGCUCCAGCGUGCGGGCAGAAGCAGCACGUGACGGCACUCUUGGAGAGGACACCUCUUCCAACCCGUGCAGCGUGGUGCCACGUGGGUGCCGCCGCACCACAGCACAGGCUAAGAUCUGGGAGCACCUAUUUACUUGUAAACCUUCUCAUCUCUCUUUGGUUCUCUUUGGGCUGCCUUUAGGAGGAAGGGACCCUGGCAUUUACUGCAGCUGUAGUAUUUGAGAUGGAUUAUUUUAUGCAAAUGCAUGUAUUUGAAUAAAAGUCAGCACAAAGCUCUUUGCAAAGGUUA